AUGGCCAACUGCACCGUCCACCUGAUCAAGCUGACCUCAGCACCAAACCCCAAAGAUUUCAUCCGCAAACUGAAACCCUCCUCAGCACUCAUCAAAGGCAUCCCCUACGGCUGGGUCCACAAACCACGCUCCCUCCACACGAACGAACUACUAGGAUCGAAAUGGGACCUCUUCCUCCUCACAGAAUCCAACAUAUCCAUGGAUCCAUUCCAAGCUGCAAUAGAAACUCACAUCACCAUCCCAGUCACGAUCCCCCCCGAGCAAUUCGAAACUCUCAAACAACAAAUCACCACCACCCCCGCCCCGUCUCAGAAAACACCACCUCUCCCAACACACUGGACCUCUCCUCAAUCCCACAUCCCCCAAGAAGAACUCGUGGAAACCAGAUCCACCCCUCUCUCUGUCGGCGAGCUCCGUCUCGACAACCCCAUGGCCGAAUUCCUCUCCAACGCCCUUCCCCAGGACCACCGCGAUAGACCAGCCUGCUUCUUCAAUCUCUUCAAAUACAAAAAUGACGAUCGAUCAACCCACGAUUCCUACAUGCAAGGUUUCAAGAACACUUUCGGCGACGCGGCCGGAGCUAGCGUGAAAUUCAUGGGCCCGGUUCGCGAUGUUGGAAAUGCUUGGGAUGAUGCGAAUCUGGUCCAGUAUGAUAGCGUUUGGCACUAUGCAUACAUGCUCUCGACGGACGUGUAUAAAGAACUGAAUAAGGAGAAGGUAGCCGGGCUGGAGGAUACUUGUAUUCUGCUGGUAGGGGAGACGGAACCUGCGGGAGGAAAGUGA